AUGGAUCCAUAAGCAUAAAUACCAAAUAGAACAGUUGUUGAAUUAUAAACAUUCACUCUAGUUGGCUUGAUGCGGAAUAUCAUCUAAAAAGAAGAAUAAGAUCCAAAAACAGGAUAAAUUGGAAAGGCAUAUGAGGAAUAUUUUGAUAAAUAGGUCCAUGAAUUAAUUCCACAUCGUAUACAUCCUAAAAGAACUUAUUGUAUGUAUUAUGAUUACUAAAACCCUGAAAACCAAGAGGAAAUCAGAUACAAAAUGGUCUUAGGAGAAGUGGUGAGUGAAGUCACUGAUUUACCAGAAGGAUUAGUAGCUGUAACAGUACCUGCUCAUCAUUUCUGCCGUUUGGAUUGUGGACCAGGUCCUAUUCCCAAAGUUGUGAUUGACGCUUGGUAAUCAUUACCAAAAUUUAACCCCUUAAGAUUUUGGUGGAGCUAGAUCACAUGA